GCGAACAACAGAGCUCCCUCUGUGGGAGCUGUUGUCGUUGACUCUGAGCGGAGCGGAUAGAGGUGGGACCGAAGACAAGAGGAGAAUAAAGUGCUAGUAGCAGUGAGGAAGUCAUUCACGGCACUGCACCGGGACCACUGACUAAUCAACUAGAAACCGUGUUUGGACGGCAGACUGUUUCCCUUCGUCUCCGGUGCUGUCUGCGGAACAAGUGUCAGCAGCAACAGACGGUUCUGUUGCAUCAGUUUCGCAGCAGGUGACCCCUACCCCUUCGCCAAAAUCCGGCUAUUAGAUGUGACCACGAGGUUGAUCAGGAGAAGCCACCAUGUCUUAAGCGCAGACGGGCCCUCAGGAGCCCUGCCCUCCUACCCUGGCCCAUCCUACCCCUCCCCCAUCCACCACCUUACCCCUUCUUCCAGUUCCAUCCCACUCCCAGACCUCCCUGCACAUGCGAGGGACAGGCUACCCAGCCCUGGCUCCCCGCUGGCACACCCCUCCCCUCCCUCCCUAGAGAUGAGCCUGCAGAAGCACCAGCAGUUGGGUGGUGGUAGCGGUGGGGUGAUGGGCUCUGACCGGGACCUGCAGUCCACUGCUUCCUCCAUCUCUCUGCCCUCUGUGAAGAAGGUCCCGAAGAAGAGGCGCCUCUCCCUGGCCUCUCUUUUUAGACGGCGAGGUCGGGAGCCCAAAUCAGGGCGCCAAAGGUCCCGAGAGCUCCAACAUCCUGGACCUCUAGGGCUUGGAGGGGUGGAUGGCAUCGCCAGCAUCGAGAGCAUCCACUCUGAGAUGUGUAAUGACAAGAACUCUGCCUUCUUCUCUGUGGCUGGGACCGGAGCUGCCUCUGCUGCUGCUGCUUCUGCUGCUGCCUCCACCUCAUCUGCCUCGGGGCCUUCUUCCUCUGCCACCGCCUCCUCCUCCUCCUCCGCCAAGGUGGGGGGUGGGGUGGGGUCAGAGCUACUGGAGUGCCCGCUGUGCCUUCUGCGCCACUCCAGGGAGAACUUCCCUGACAUCAUGACCUGUCACCACCGCUCCUGCAUCGAUUGCCUGCGCCAGUACCUGCGCAUCGAGAUCUCAGAGUCGCGUGUCAACAUCAGCUGCCCUGAGUGCUCGGAGCGCUUCAACCCGCACGACAUCCGCAUGAUCCUGGGUGACCAUGCGCUCAUGGAGAAAUACGAGGAGUUCAUGCUGAGGAGGUGGCUCGUGGCUGACCCUGACUGCCGCUGGUGCCCUGCGCCGGACUGUGGGUAUGCGGUGAUCGCUUUCGGUUGUGCCAGCUGUCCUAAGAUCACGUGUGGCAGGGAGGGCUGUGGUACAGAGUUCUGCUACCACUGCAAGCAGCUGUGGCAUCCCAACCAGACCUGUGACGCAGCACGACAGCAGAGAGCCCAGAGCCUCCGCCUGAGGACGGUCCGCUCGUCCUCCCUCAGCUACAGCCAAGAGAGCGGAGCUGCAGCUGAUGACAUCAAGCCAUGUCCGCGCUGUGCUGCUUACAUCAUCAAGAUGAACGACGGCAGCUGUAACCACAUGACCUGCGCCGUCUGCGGCUGUGAGUUCUGCUGGCUCUGCAUGAAGGAAAUCUCAGACCUGCACUACCUGAGUCCGUCAGGCUGUACUUUCUGGGGGAAGAAGCCAUGGAGCAGGAAGAAGAAGAUUCUUUGGCAACUGGGAACCCUUGUGGGUGCCCCCGUUGGCAUCGCACUCAUCGCCGGCAUCGCCAUCCCCGCUAUGAUUAUUGGCAUCCCAGUAUAUGUGGGAAGGAAGAUUCAUAACCGCUAUGAAGGCAAAGAUAUCUCCAACCACAAGAGGAACCUGGUGAUCGCUGGUGGAGUGACUCUCUCUGUCAUUGUGUCUCCAGUGGUGGCUGCAGUCACCGUCGGCAUCGGAGUUCCCAUCAUGCUGGCUUACGUCUACGGCGUGGUGCCCAUCUCGCUGUGCCGUAGCGGAGGUUGUGGUGUCUCAGCUGGGAAUGGCAAAGGAGUUCGCAUAGAAUUUGACGACGAGAAUGACAUGAAUGUUGGCAGUGGGGCCGCUGCCACCGAUACUACGUCAGUGGCAGACACCAGGAACAACCCUAGUAUAGGCGAAGGCAGUGUCGGGGGGAUGACAGGCAGCCUGAGUGCCAGCGGCAGCCACAUGGACCGUCUGGGGGCCAUCAGGGACAAUUUGAGUGAGACGGCGUCCACCAUGGCCCUGGCGGGAGCCAGCAUCACCGGCAGCCUCUCUGGCAGCGCCAUGGUCAAUUACUUAAACAGGCUGGAGGUGCAGGCUGAUGUGCAGAAGGAGCGCUGCAGCCUGAGCGGCGAGUCUGGCACCGUCAGCCUGGGCACAAUCAGCGACAACGCUAGCACCAAAGCAAUGGCUGGAUCCAUUCUUAACGCCUACAUGCCCCUCGACAGAGAUGGAAACAGUAUGGAGGUCCAGGUCGACAUUGAAUCCAAACCCGGCAAACUACGGCACCACAGCGGCAGCAGCAGCGUAGACGACGGCAGCCACAUUGGCCGCUGCGGCUGGACCUGCCCCUCCAACGGCUGCACUUCCUCGGAAGGCAAGGGGGCCUCUGCCAAGUGGGCCAAAGAGGCAUCCUGCUCCUCCUCCACCGGCUCGGGGGGCAAAAAGAGCAAAGGCAAGCUGCGCAAGAAAGGCGGCGGAGGCGGCACCAAGAUCAACGAGACGCGGGAGGACAUGGACGCCCAGCUGCUGGAGCAGCGCAGCACCAACUCCUCGGAGUUCGACUCUCCGUCGCUGAGCGGCAGCCUGCCGUCCGUGGCCGACUCCCACUCCAGCCACUUCUCCGAGUUCAGUUGCUCCGACCUGGAAAGCAUGAAGACGUCCUGUAGCCACGGCUCCGGCGGAGGCGACUACCACACGCGCUUCGCCACCGUCAGCCCCUUACCCGAGGUGGAGAACGACCGCCUGGAGACCUGCCCCGCUUCUUCUUCGUCCUCCUCGCAGGGACUCGGAACCGUGAUCACCCCCCACUCCCCUACCUCCACCACCUCCUCCCUGGGCCACGGCGCAGAGAUCCCCCCUCUCUGCUUCAUCACAGAGGAGAAUGUCAACCUGGUGUGCCCUGCUGAGCUGGACUCUCACAGCAACACCAGAGAGCUGCUAAAAGAAACCAACAACAACAACCAACCACAACAUCCAACCCAAACCCAAACCCAAACCCAAACCCAAACCCAGCAGCAGUCCAAGAACUCCUGUAUACAGACGGACAUCUGAAAUACCUUAAGUGCUGCACAGAUGCUAUUUUUUAGUUAACAUCUUCUCCUCCAUUAAACUAACAAUCACAGCUUAACCUGCGUUUUCUGUUAUUCCCUUGUAAAGGGGACGUGUUAUUUUGGGAUCCCCUGAGUAAAACAGAGAUCUGUGUGUGCGUCAGAGGGCUUGUUGAAAGUAAUAACAGGCAGCCAUGUGAGAAAUGUUAAGGUUGUGAAUGCUGGUGUUUCUCCCUGUGCGACCCGCAGACUGCUGACACUUUUUUUCCCCCACUCACCACUCGUAACAGAGACAGGCCCACUGAUUCUGUCGCUGUCCUAUCGAUCUGUGUAGGUUUAAUAUAAAACCACUGUGCCGGGUUUUUCUUCUAUUUGAUUUUUGGCUCUACAAUGCGGAUGCAAACACCAUGCAGGAAUCUUACAGCUUUCCAGAAGUGAACUCCAACAGGGACCAGGCAAUAUGAUUCACUAUUUCCUCCUUUUUUUUUUUUAUUUCCCCCCCGGAUGUUAUUAGUAACAGAGGAACCUUUGUGUUCCUGUCUGUAUUUAUUAUUAGACUUUUCUUUUUGUCUUUUCCCUGGAUGUUUGUUUGAAAAGAACCCUGUAAGGUAGGGAUGCACCGAUCUGACUUUUUCAGUCCUGACAGCGAUACCUGGACUUUGGGUAUCGACCAAGUACCGAUCCAAUACCAGUGUUUUUUUAAUUAAUAAGCUGCUUGCCUCACUGUGUGGAAGAGACUAGGAUCAUUCUUUCAUGUGUCAGGCUUUACUUAAACAUUGCUUUCCUAACUUGAAACGUAAAACAAAAUGUAACAAAUAACUACAUAGAUGUAAAUCUACUGAAUUGUUAUUAUUAAAAUAAUAAAUCGUACACCAGCAACUUGGUAAGAAAUCUUCAAAAUUUACUGGAAAUACUAACAAUGUAUUUAGUAUAUAAACAUAGAAUUGAAUUGAGUAGAUCGGCCCCGUUGUCAGAUACCCGAUCCAGCUAUUUGAGUCAGUAUCGGCCAGAUAUCCGAUGCGGUAUCGGUGCAUCCCUACUGUAAAGUGUAAUUAUAAGGCCUGGGCUCAACAUCCUACAUCAUUUUAGCACUAAAAUCAAUUUGUAACACAAGUGAGAUUCAUUUUAGAUGGAUGGAGACAGAGCUGUAGUCCCACUGUGGGAGCUGCAGCUCUUUUGCAGCCACAGUUUUUCGACCUAUAGCUGCCUAAAACCCUCACUGUGUGUGUGUUUUCGUGCCAAGAUGACUGGAAACCCGGGCCUCGUUAGGUUCUGUGGAAAGCUUGUGAUGAUAUGUUGGGGGGCGGGUGGGUGAGGGUUUGAUUUGAGGAAGGGUCUCUGGAAGGCCACGGUUUUUUCGAGAUAAUGCUGAAAAUCAUUAUAUUAAAAUUAACCAAUGGGUUGGUUCAAUUCUGUGAAAUUGUAUAAAGAAACUGUUUUGUCCUGUUCAAAGGUGAUUUAUUCAGGCUGACGGCCUCGCCUCACUGAGUAAGAGAGAGCUUUGAUAUCUUUCUUUGUUAACUCAUGGUGCCUUCAAGAAGCUGUUUGUGUUCUCUGUGUUCGUGUCUCUCUCUCUCUCUCUCUCUCUCUCUCUCUCUCUUUCUCUCUCUCUCUCUCUCUCUCUCUCUCUCCACUGUGUCUUCAAGACUCAAAAAACAACGACUCAUUAUAGGUUGCAGAACGUCUGUCUGUGUAGGAGGGAUGCUCAUUCACAUACAGAACAUACUGUGGUAGACAUGGUAAAUGAAGACUUUUCAAUUGCCUACCAAAGACAGCACUCAGGCUCUUGUUAAAUCUUAUACCUUUUGACUCGUCACCUGUAGACACGGUAUAGUGCGUCCUGUUUACACCAUGGGGAUGAAUGAAGACAAGACCCAGGAUCAUACAGACAUACAGACUGCUGUUUUUGUACAUGCUUCACAAAACGCUACGCAAAUAACCGAGGCCGCAGAACGGCCCGAGGCACCUGCACUGUUACCUGUAUUUCUUAUUAUGUAGAUGUUCUGCAAUGCACAAAGGUUAACAGGGACACACAGGUCGGGUCUGGGUUAACCUGCCCUACUGAUCCGUCCUGUGGUUCCCGUUUGUGUUGCCAAUCGGUGCUGCUGAGCAGACUUGAAGUCAAAUUCUGUUUUCAACACUUUUAUUUCAGAGUGUUUGCUUAAGCCCGUCUUUACUGCUCAGUGGUCGGCUCUGUCGAGGCCACUGAGCCGGCUCAGGUGAACCUCUACCAGGUGAGGUAAAAAGCAUCUUGAAUGGUAUUUUGACCCAGGUCUGUUACUGAAUGAACACUGAUUUUCGGUUUCGGCGGAUAAGGCUACAUGCUGCAGUCCUCCCCGCAUUUAAAGCAAAAAUUGUCAUUUUGUUCUUCCUCCUCGGUUUUCGGUCUCUCAUUCUUCACCAAAAUCUCCGGUUUCUUGAUCCUAAUUUGAACACUAGUGCCAGAUAUAAUUUGUAAUUUGUGCAGAAUGGCAUAAGGUAUUUGUAUAUUUGUUUGGUAAUUUGCUUUACUAUAUGCGUGUAAAUGCAUAUCAGAAAAAAUAAAAAAAAUAUAUAUGAAA